AUGGCUGCUCGUAGGGCAACUAAUUCGGGCAUUGAUAAUUCCCAAGCAAGGAGGGAUUCGCACCACUAACCAAUAACAUCAUUAGAUAAUUGUAAGAAAAAAGAGCUGCCUCCUGGCUUUGCAGAAACUAUCUUGGAGUUAGAGAUUUACUUAGAUAAUGAAUUCAUAGAAAUAGAAAAAGUUAAAGAACUCUUAGAGUUGUAUAUGAUUGGCGUAGAGUAUUAUGAGUCUAUAGGAGAUUAGAGAUUUAUCUACUUCAAUAAGAAAAUGAGCAGUUUAAUGAUGAAACCAAAUGUAAUAGAUGCUAUGUCAAGAGAUGGUGAUAAGCAAAAUGGAAAUCCACAAUAAUAAGCUAAAUCUAAAGAAGAAGCCUUAAGAGAAGCAGAAAUAAAAUAAAAAGAAGAGUAAAUUAGAAAGACAGUGAACUAUUCUCACUAAGACAACGAUGAAAAAGCAAAAGCCAUAGUUAAAAAUGUCUAAUAAGAAAUUAAGUAAAACCAAAAAAUUAUUCAUGAUAGCUUAGAUACCCAAAAGAGAUAAUUAUUUGAGAGGUUGCAAAAUAGAAGAGCUAAAACUUUAACCAAAGCUUCUUCUGUACCUGUUUUAAACGAAUCUAUGAGCUCUGAUAAUGAUGAUACUUGUUCUUCAUAAGAAGGUAGUGCAGUUAUCACCUCAAGGAUAGAUUUCUCCUCGAUUACUAAUGCAAUCAGAGAAGAUGACUAGGAAGAUGAUAAUGAAGAGGAUAUUAAUAAACAAAGACCAAAAGCAUUUAGUAGACUAGACAGAAUAAGAAAAUUUAAAGAAGAGCUCUUGAAUGGUAAAACUAGUCCUACUAAUGAUGAGGGGCGUGUAAACAGAUACAGCUUAUGUAGCAACAGUAAAAGUAGAUCAAAUAGUUAAUCAAUUUAAAUGGGUUAAAGAAACUCUUGCUUUUCAAGAAAAAUAAGAGAGAAAAAAGUCUCUUUUAUUAAGUAAAAGAGAAGAAUUAGAUCUAAAAGUUAAGAAAAUAUUAAUUAGGAAAGUAUGGAAGGAUUUUUACCUCUUACAGUUGAUCAGUUAAAAGAAAUGUAAGAUCAAAUAAAUUUAAGUCUAAAGCAAUUAGCAGUAAAAUAGAUUGAACCUUUCACAGUUAACUUAAGCUUUAAGCAAGUUAUUUAAGAAAAAUAAGAGGAGGAUGAUGAAUAAACAUCCCCUAUUAGGCAGCUUAAAAGACACAGUUGA